UGUCAAUACAAUGGCUCCAAAUUGUACCUCACACUUUGACAUACCAUAAUAAUCGUACCGCUUAAGCUUUGCCCCCUCAUCGCAAGUAAACCCCCUUUUUCUUCCCAUUAUUCGCCGGCGUUUUCACCUCUUUUCAACUUGAUCGUUCCAUCAACACCUAUCCAAAUCAUCGAAACCCUCAAAUCUACCAAUCGAUUUUUGAUUACAAGGGUUUAUCAAUCGAAUUCUGUACGCUUACACCCGCCGUUUGUUGAAGUGCGAUGGAAGUGGAGGAUUGCAUGAGCAGCGGCGGAGAAGAGGAUUACUAUUGCUCCGAUCGUGACUCCCUCGACGAUGCGCUCGAGAACGAAGACUCUGAUUCUCAGUGGGCUCCUCCUAAAGGUUCAUCAUCCAAGGUCAUCACAAAAGAGUCUCUUUUGGCUGCACAGAGGGAAGAUUUACGCAGAGUUAUGGAGUUACUUUCUUUAAGGGAGCACCAUGCACGUACACUACUUAUACAUUAUCGUUGGGAUGUUGAGAAGAUAUUUGCAGUGCUUGUAGAGAAGGGAAAAGAUCGUUUAUUUAAAGAGGCUGGCUUACCUAUGCUUCACUCUCAUGACCUUGAUCCUUCAGUGUCUACUUGUACAACAAUGUGUGAUAUAUGCAUGGAGGAUUUGCCAUCUAGUGAGCAGACAAAAAUGGACUGUGGCCACUGCUUUUGUAACAAUUGUUGGACAGAGCAUUUCAUUGUAAAAAUAAACGAGGGACAGAGUAAACGUAUCCGAUGCAUGGCCCACAAAUGCUAUGCAAUAUGUGAUGAAUCCAUAAUCCGGAAUCUAGUUGGCAAAAGGCAUCCGGAUUUGGUAGAAAAAUUCGAUCGGUUUCUUCUCGAGUCAUAUAUCGAGGACAAUAAGAUGGUGAAAUGGUGUCCAAGCACUCCUCAUUGUGGGAAUGCAAUCCGUGUUGAAGAAGAUGAGUUUUGUGAAGUGGAAUGUUCAUGUGGGAAUCAAUUCUGUUUCAGUUGCUUAUGUGAAGCCCAUUCCCCUUGCUCAUGUGCAAUGUGGGCACUCUGGACUAAAAAAUGUAAGGAUGAAUCAGAAACAGUUAAUUGGAUUACAGUUCAUACAAAACCAUGUCCAAAGUGUCACAAACCAGUUGAGAAAAACGGUGGCUGCAAUUUAGUUAGCUGCAUCUGUGGACAAGCCUUUUGUUGGCUAUGUGGUGGUGCAACGGGGCGCGAUCACACGUGGUCAAACAUCACAGGUCACAGCUGCGGUCGAUACAAAGAAGACCGCGAAAAGAAAUCGGAACGCGCAAAACGAGACCUCUACCGGUACAUGCACUACCACAAUCGCUACAAAGCUCACACGGAUUCAUUCAAACAAGAAUCAAGGCUCAAAGAAACCAUUAAAGAAAAAGUAAGAAUCUUGGAGGAGAAAGAUUCACGCCUACGAGACUUCAGUUGGGUUACAAACGGACUUUAUCGGUUGUUCAGAUCAAGGCGAGCGCUUUCCUAUUCAUACCCUUUUGCUUUUUACAUGUUUGGUGAAGAGCUUUUCAAAGAUGAAAUGACGAAAGAGGACAUGGAGAUUAAACAGCAUCUGUUUGAGGAUCAACAACAGCAACUUGAAACCAAUGUUGAGAAGCUGUCAAAGUUUAUUGAGGAACCGUUUGAUCAGUACCCCGAGGAUCGGAUCAUGGAGAUACGGAUGCAAGUUAUUAAUCUCUCUGUCAUCACCGACACCUUAUGCAAGAAAAUGUAUGAAUGUAUAGAGACGGAUUUAUUGGGCUCCCUACAAUUCGGGAUCCAUAACAUCGCUCCAUACUACUCAAAAGGAAUCGAAAAGGCUACGGAACUUUCCAUCGCUUUCCAUGCAAACUCAUGCAACAAUGACAAGCGUCAAAAGCUCCAUGACCCCACAACAACCAAUGGUGGGACAUCGGAGGAGUCUGACCGGCCUUCGGGGUCGGGCAGCUCAGAGGAGAGUGGUUUUUCUGCUCAAAAGAGGGCUAGAAAAGACGGUCAUGGUCGUGGUAUGUUUGACCUGAAUUUACCUGCUGAUGUUUGAGGUGGUGAAAACGGAAGAGGAGAGUUGCUCGUUAAUCUAGAUUAUAUAACAAGUGUAUAGCUCUGACUCUAGGGGCGACUCUGUUUUGUGAAUUCAUCUUAUUAUUUCUCCAAUCUUUUCAUAUAACUAGUUUUUAUAUAAUAUAAAGGAGAAAAACCUAUCAACUUUUUGGGUUA